UCGCGGCGGUUAUUUCUUUCUUCAGUCUCAACUGAAUGGAGAAUAUUUGUUUGAGAUAAUUAUACUUGCUAAAUUUUUCACCCAAAUCCACCGUUCUUCGCCAAAAAAUAUAAUGAGGAUUACCUGAGGGAAGUGGAAGGAAGGAAGUUCUGAAAGAAUAAAAAAGCAUCAACAGAGUUUUGUGGAAGUUUUGUGAGUGAAGAAGAAAAAAAUGCUAAAGAAUCCUGCAAUCGAUGGGAAAAGAGUUGGUGAAGGAGGAAAUUCCGCGAAAGUAGUGAAAAAUGUGAAUUAGCGAGAGUGGGAAAAAGAAUUCACCGCAAAUUUGAGAGAGAGAAGAAUGUAAAAAAAAAGUUUAACAGCUUUCGGCACCAGAAGCAACAGAAAAGUUCCUUUUUACAUCAUACAACAAAAAAAUUAUAUUAAUAUAUAUACAAACACUCGAUGAAACCAAAGUUCCUAUUUAAAAGUUUUGAAGAGUUAUUAGAAUUCUAUACAAGAUAAAUAUUUAACACGAAAGAAAAAAGAGGUAUAACGUAGUAGACACAAAAAGCGAGGAGAAUUUUUGGAAGAAAAGUAUUUCAGCGAGUAAAUUUUUAAGCAAGAGAAGCGGAAGGCUGAUCCACUGGGUGGAGAGGACGAGGGGUGUGGAAAGCUCGUUUUGUGUUAAAGAGUGGACAGCCCUGUGUGUGUCAUUCACAACCACUGUGGCAGCACAACUACACUAAUAGCUCGGGUUUUAAAGGCUGGCAUUGGGAAAGGAGCACAGAGUACAUAGUGAAAGUUGUUGAAAGUUCUAAUUGACUAAUUUGCAUCAUCUGUUUUCUGUGUUGCUCGUUGCUCGAAGAGAGUGAAAGAGCCACGUGGCUUCGCGCUAUUUCUGAGGACCUGCAACCGGUAAUUAAUGUCCACCGUGGCGAGGAGUGGCAACAGCAUCGGCAGCUCCAGCUCUCUCGUGGACGUUGACAGUGCAGACAGCAAUGACGCCUCCUCGAGGGACGAUCUCGAGGAGGACUUCAAGCACCGCAAGAUCAGACAGAGCGUCAUCUCUCCACCGGCUCCAGCGUCUGCCACCAAUUCGCAGUUUUCCCCCGCCAGUGUCGUUACGUCCUUCGGCAGCGUUGCCGGGAUAUCUCUGACCCAUCCGGCCGAUCUCUCGGCGGCCUUUCAUGGGUACCAUCAUCACCACGGCGGAGGUCCUGUGGCGGCGCCAGCUUCUGGCGUCGCCUGCGGCUCUAGCCUGGAUGCCAGCAACAACAACAAGCCACCAUUCUUGCUCCCCGCUCAGCUGUACAAGAGCCUCUUCGCCAGUGCGGUGCUCCAGAAGGCGCCCAACUCCACGGACGCCUUCAACGGACAACCCUUUCCACGCAACCUCCUCUUCUCCUGCUCUGAGAAGUCCCCGGGCAGUGACAGAGACACCGACGACAAGGCGUCCGAAGAGAACGAUGAGGUGCUUUGA